UCCCAAAUGUACCAAAUAAAAACCUACCACUCAGUUUAACUCUGACUAAGCUUUUAACAAGAUCAUGGAAAAAUUGCGAGGACUAACGCUGCUCUCCCUUGCUGCAGGAUAUCUAAUAUUAAGUUUUACCAACAGUGAAGCAUACCUGAUGCAUCUGAGAAAUGCUACGAAUAAAAACUUUCCCGGUGAAUGUUACGACGCCACGACGAAGAUUCAUUUCAAGCCCAAUAUUACUGUUCAGCGGCCAUUUCGGUGUGAAAAAAUGACGUGCUACGAAGAUUUCCAAAUAACGUUUGCUGGAUGCGGCGUUGGUGUUGUGAACUUACCAAAUUGUACCAAAGUUGGCCAAAACUUUACCUUGCCCUAUCCGGAAUGCUGCAGAAAGUACAAGUGUAUGAUGAACGGAAAAGUGACAUUUUUGUAGAAGAAAUAAAUUUUAACUACUUCAACAGAGAUGUCGAAACAAAAGUACAAGUUUUUUGUUUC